CCGGCUGUUUACGUUUAGUUCUGGUACGUAGUGGCCGAGAGGAACGAACGAGGCGUACGAGCAAAAAAGAAUCGCUUAUACGUUCUAUACGUAUGGGUGCAAAGUUACGUGAAAUCAUAUACGCAUCAUCGCAAGCCGCCUUGAGAUUCUCGCGCAAAACUCGGAAAGACUUUUAGUAUACAGACUACUACGCGAAGUGCAGCCAGUGUUUGAUAGCCAAGUACCACAGAGUGCUAAAAGUGCCAUUUUUGUUUCGGUGAUAACAGUGUAUAUUUUCAUACGCCACUUUUUGACCUUGCGCAAGUGGAAGAACAGUAGGCUAAGCUCUGUGGCAGUUGUAGUAGUGAUCCUUUGUGUGACGACGAUGGCACCUCCGGUUGUGACUGCGGCUGUCGUCGCUUCUACACCCGGUCCGGUUGGCAAUUCAUCGGUGAUAGGUUCCAGUAGCCAGGCUCACAGUCGGAGCAUCAACAUUACCGAAGAAACGCUGAAGCUAAUCGAUUGCGUCAAAGCACGGCCGGCGCUAUGGCAUCGAAAGCAUCUGCGGCAGCGCGUACAGGUUGCGCAUCGCGGCUGGGAGGAAAUUCGCCAAUCGUUCAACUCCGCUGAUGUAUCCUCACUUAAAACUCGCUGGAAAACUCUGCGCGAUAGCUUUCGCCGAGAGGUGAAACGUAUUGAGGAUGGCGAGCAAGCCACCUCCACGUGGCCAUUGUAUGAUACGAUGUCAUUCCUGCUGGGGCACUUUCGAACCAGGGAUAACUACUAUCCGGCUGGUUCACAAUCACCGGAAGAAUCAAGUAAGACAGCGGACGAAGAGAACUGGCAGUAUCUUGAUGGCAAGCACGACUCUUCCAACAACGAUGAAGAACCUACCCAGACCGUAGGUUGCAGUGUUGAAGCCAUCGAAUCGAUAUAUCCCGAAACGAAAAGAGGACGGUACGAUUCUGGGGCGACCGCCAAAUACAGUUCCCUGGCGGAAGAAAGCGAUCCGGAAGACCUGAUUGCGGGUGAUAACUUUCAAACUGUAUCGCAGCCCGAAUCGUACGAAAACUUGGAGUUGGAAACCGCUCGCAGCUGUGAAGUGAUUGAGCUUCCACCCCAAAUUUACAGAGAGGUGACGUUCAAAAAUCGACUGCGAGCCCGCAUCAAGACAGAACCGGUCGAAUUGGAGGAUAAAAAGUCUGUAAAAGAGGCUAUUAUCACGCCGGACUCUGACUACAAUUUUCUGAUGAGUUUACAUCCGUUUAUGAGGCAGUUAUCUGGCAAGAAGAAUCUCUCCUUGAGGAUUCAGAUACAGCAAAUGAUCGCCAAUGCGCUGGAUGAGGAUUGAAAGCAGUUUCCCAAACAAACCAGAUUUAGCUCUCUAACAAAAUUUGUGAUUUUUAACCGAAAUACAUUCGAAUUGGCUUUAA